AGUUGGUUUGUAGUCUCUUGUAGUUGGCUAAGACAAGUCCGCCAACUUCGUCAUCUUCUUUUCAAACACCAUGGUCGAAUUGAACGCAGAACAAGAAAAAGACCUCGACGAGCUUGAAGACGAUUAUCAGUCAGACGACGACGACCCUAAUGUGUUCAAAGUCAGAGAUGCAUUAACACCGCCGUCCGCGAUGAGCUACUCUGCGCAAGAGUUACAGAAAUACAUACACGAAGGCUUUAUUGACCUCAACCCCAUUUAUCAACGAGACGUCGUUUGGCCAGAGACCAAGCAAAUUGGUCUCAUCGACUCUAUCUUUCGAAACUUCUACAUCCCCCCCGUGAUAUUUGCCGUGACAAAAGAUGAUGAUGGGGAGCCUGUUCGUAUUUGCGUGGAUGGAAAACAAAGGCUCACGUCAAUACAAAAGUUUCUUGACGGCCUGAUACCUCAUCGAGACGUGCACACAAAGAAGAGCUAUUGGUUCGUUCGUUCCAGUAAGCAGAAGACUACGCGCUUAGAAAUACCAGAAGAGUGGAAACGACGGUUUGCAGAAACCAGAAUUACAUGCGUCGAAUAUCAUAACUUGACACCCGAAAUCGAGCGCGAAAUCUUCCAGCGGGUGCAGCUCGGUGUACAAUUGACUGCUGCAGAGAAACUUCAAGCAAUUUCGUCUCCAUGGGCUGAUUGGAUCGCAGACCUCGAGCUGCGUCAUGUGAAUGUAGACAAUAGGGGACUGGCCAGUGUCCUCGAGUGGGACACUACACGUGGAAGAGACUUCCAGUGCAUUGCGCAACUAAUCUAUUGCUGUGAUGGCCUCUCAGAGCAUCCGCUUCCCACAGCCCAGAAACUAGAAAAAUGGCUGAAGCGGGUGGAUAACCCACCAACGUUGCUCAUGACACAGAUCAAUAAUGUACUGUCGGAUUUUUGGCACAUCGCGAGAACAUCUGAACUCAACGCCGCUUUCACCGAAGUUGACAAGCGCGUUGCGCCUGUUGAAUUUGUCUUCGUUGGCGUCAUCCUUUUCGUUCUUCGGGAUCAUACGAUUGAAGAAAAGGCGAAUGCCAUCCUACAUAUGCGUUUACGGAUACGAGAACAAUUCCGCGACGUUCGGAACAAUGGCGUUGUGGGAAGGGCGUUGUGGAAUUACGUUGAUAGUAUCACUGGUCAGUCUGGCUUGAGAGUGUUGGACGCGAGUGCUCCAAUGCUGGCGAGUGCGUCCACAUCUACGGGCGCGAAGCGGAAGAGGAAAGGUUCGGAUGCCGAUGAUGACUAUCAUCCCUCGCCAAUCAGGAGUCUAGGCUCGAAGGUUAAAACGCGCGCAUCAGGUAGGAAGUGAUUGUCUCAUGGUGUUAUGACUUCUACGAGAGAUAUUUGGGCUGCACAGAGGCUUGCAAUAAAUACUAUAGUCGCGCAUAUGUCUCCCAUAUGUGGAUAUGCUAUUGUAAAUUUCAGUUGUUGUAACUUACUCUCGCAGUGUACCAUACCCCCUCAGUAUCAGUCAGAGCUCUGGCAUGUUUGAGGAGUAGUUUAUCUCUUUCCUUGGAGUUAACGGCAAUGUCAAGUAAGAAAUGCUCGAUCUCCUCAUGUUUCCAUCGUUGGCGAGUCAGAAAUAGCUCAACGAAUCUUGCGGCUGGGUCGACCGGCAAUGCGGAAGAUGGGAAAUACGUCAAUAUCGCUUCCCCCCCGUUCGAAGAUAGAUUUUGAAGGUAGUCUCCCUACAGAUCAUGUCAUUGUAGUUCAGCCAAGAUUUGGAAGAGUAACGCACCGAAAGAAGGGAUAGCUUCACA